CUUGCAGCUGUUGGGACAUUCACAAAACUCAAACUCCGCGACAAACCCCAUUAGUUUUGUGUUAGAUAAUACAAUAGUGCAACAAUAUGUCGGGUUUACAGAAUGUCAUUCUACUUUUGUUCGCCUGCAACAUGCUGCUAGCUGUCCACGUGUCGGCCAACAAGCAACAGAAACAUCAAAACCAAAACCAAAACCAAGAAAUCUGGGAACAAGACCUUUCGGACACCUUUAAAAUCGAGGGCAGCGACCAGGGCAUUCAAAAGGUGAACCUGAAGUGCGGGGCCGACUCGAUGAACGUGGUGCUGGAGACGGAGAAGCCGUUCACGGGCGUGAUGUACACGCGUGGCAGCUUUUAUAAGCAGACGGCGCCGUGCUUCAUGAAGCCCUCCUCGAGCCAGGGAUCCCGCUCCAUGGAGAUGAACUUCCAGCUGGACCAGUGCCAGACCCUGCGGGAUGGAGACCUCUACACGAACAUCGUGGUGAUCCAGAACGAUCCCGAGCUGAUCACGCCCGGAGACUCGGCCUUCUCGCUGGAGUGCGACUUCCGGCAGCCGCGCAGCCUGGACGUGGAGGCCAGCAUGCAGGCCAGGGACAGAAACCCACAAAAAUUGCGCGGAGCACGCGGUGGAGCCCGCCAGCGCCAAUAGAAAAGAAUUCCAACCACUCUCAGAUCUUCCCUCUUCGACUACAACCACCUCCAAAAGCUGUACAAAAGGUACACCAGAGAUGAAGCUAUUUUUUAAAUGCCCCAAAAAACUAACACUUGCCAAAUAGCGCAAAACUAACCAGAGAUACAAUGUAAUGGGGACACAUUUAGGUUACAAUUUGGUGUGGUCAACAUAGUAACUCAAACAAAAACAGCAAUGUUGAAGGCUUUUAAAAUUUUAAUGGCUUGUACCAUUUUAUUUGCACCUUUAUCUACCCAAAAUUCGAAAAUAGUUGUCAAAUCAGACCAUAAUUAACUUUUUAGCAGGACUGUUAGUUCAAGGAACCAACAAAUUGAGAUUCUCAUUUAGUUAAAGACUUCCGUGCAAAUUCUUCAAACAUAUUAUUUUGAACGCAGCCGUUUAGC